GAUGGAGGACUGCGCCCGCGGCUCGCUCGAGCACUACCUCGAGACACAGUUCAAGGACACGAUGGCGCUCCCGCUCGAGUUUGUGCUCUCCACCCUUCAUGACCUCGGCAAAGGGCUGGACUAUACGGCGUCGCGCGGCGUCGUCCACCUUGAUCUCAAGCCGGAGAACGUUUUUGUUGACGGCGAUGGCAAUCUCAAGCUCGGCGACUUUGGCAUCUCGCACAUCCUCCCGUCUGCGGGUGCUGACUCGGACUCAUCGUCGGACGACGACGACGACGGCACGGCGCCGCAUCUGCGUCUGCUUCAGCCGUUCCGCCCGCCGGCGCUGGUGCGGUCGUCGUCGAUGCUCGAGGACGGUGACCCCAAGUACAUGUCACAAGAGCUCCUCAAGUCGGACUCGUCGUUGGUUGGCCCGUGGUGCGACGUCUUCUCACUCGGCAUCAUGUGCCUCUCUCUCCUUCUCGGCAUUGACUUGCCGUCGCGAGGCGAAAUGUGGCAUGUGCUCCGCUCUGGCUCGCUCGGACCGGUCCUGGAGGUCUCUGAGGCCCACGGCCGGUAUGUCGCGCUCGACGCGCCACAGGCGGAAGCUGCCACCUACAAUGCUCUCCUCGACAUUAUUGGCCGCAUGAUGGCGCCCGAUCCCAAGGACCGCCCAGAGGCUGCAGAAGUCGUUGUCGUAGCUGAUGCGCUGCUCGAGCGCCUGCGGAGCGAGGCGACGGCCAUGCAAGAAUGAGACAAACUUGCACAACUUGCAUAAAAAGAAGUGAACAAACCUC